CAGGACUUGAUGCCCCCGAGCCCCAACAUACCGCCACCAUGUCGGGCACUGUGUCCAUUCUCCAACAAUUUGCCAAUGGCUUGAAGAGUCGCAGUGAAGAGACGAGGGCGAAAGCUGCCAAGGACUUGCAGCAUUAUGUCACCAUGGAGCUCCGUGAAAUGAGUCAGGAAGAAUCUACCAGGUUUUAUGAUCAGCUGAACCAUCACAUAUUUGAGCUGGUCUCUAGCUCCGAUGCAAAUGAAAGGAAGGGUGGCAUUCUGGCUAUAGCAAGCCUUAUUGGUGUUGAAGGAGGUAAUGCCACCCGUAUCGGCAGGUUUGCCAACUACCUGAGAAACCUCUUGCCAUCCAAUGACCCUGUUGUAAUGGAGAUGGCCUCCAAGGCUAUUGGGCGGCUUGCGAUGGCUGGUGACACUUUCACAGCUGAAUAUGUGGAGUUUGAGGUGAAACGAGCUCUGGAAUGGCUGGGAGCUGACAGGAAUGAAGGUCGAAGACAUGCAGCUGUUCUUGUCCUGCGUGAGCUGGCAAUCAGCGUGCCUACCUUCUUCUUCCAACAAGUGCAGCCGUUCUUUGACAAUAUAUUUGUGGCUGUGUGGGAUCCCAAACAGGCCAUCAGAGAGGGAGCUGUUUCUGCCUUAAGAGCCUGCCUUAUCCUCACCACUCAACGGGAGCCAAAAGAGAUGCAGAAGCCCCAGUGGUACAGACAUACGUAUGAAGAGGCUGAGAAGGGCUUUGAUGAGACUUUGGCCAAAGAGAAAGGAAUGAACCGUGAUGACCGAAUCCAUGGUGCCUUACUGAUCCUCAAUGAGCUAGUGAGAAUCAGCAGUAUGGAGGGAGAG